AAACCUUUUCCCCACUUGAGGAGUUGCCCGCUUUGGACGACAGAUGUUGUAUGUGCAAACAAAGUUCGGGGCGAGAGUUGCCGUGUUUACUUGUGUCAAUUCGGCCUCUCCAUGCCACGUGAUCGAACAGAAAACAUGUCGACUGCUAGUAGCGAGAAGCCGACGACUCGAGUGUUGAUCGCAAUGGACGGGAGCGAAAACUCCCUCUACGCUUUCGACUGGUACAUGGAGAACGUUCACCGCGAGGGCAAUGAAGUUUUUAUAGCCCAUUGUCCUGAUUACAGUGCCCUCGUACAUUCCCCGCUGAUGACCAGCGACCCGACAUUUGUAUCUCAGAUGUUAAAACACGAGGAAGAAACGAUCGCUUUAAUUAUAAACAAAAUAAAAGAGAAGAUAUCUGGAUCGGGGAUUCGAGGUCGCAUACUUCGACUGACGGGAGAAGCCGGUCACUCGAUUGUUAAAGCAGCCAAUAUGGAGAAAGUUGACGUCAUCAUCACAGGGACCCGCGGGAUGGGCAAAGUGCGACGGACAUUGAUCGGCAGUGUGAGCGACUACAUCAUCCACCACUCGCACGUGCCCGUCCUGGUCUGUCGUCAUAAAGAAGAACUUCUACAGGAGAGCAAAAAAUGAUGACGUCAAAUCAGAUGUACAUUUAUUCAUAAGGAAAUGCGUUAAACAGAGAUGAAAUCGAAAUAAUAUUGAAAUGAAAUAAUGCUAGGAUCAGACUACCAACUGUCACAAAGGAGUUGACUAACUCGACAGUUAAAUUGUAAUUUCCCCCACUUCAAACUUACAACGGGUGCGCACAGAUCAACAACUAAUCGGUCAUAGGAGUUGUAUACAACAAGAAUCGGCGAGUUGGUCAACGUCGUUUUGACAGUUGGUAGUCUGAGAUUAGCAUUAGGGAUAUUCUGACUGGGGGACUUGCAGUAACAACUUUGUUCUUUUUACAUACCCAUUGGAGAGAACAUUCUGUGAGAUUUGUGAUAUCACACAGUGUCAUCCCACAUAUGUAAGAUAUGAUGACUAACUGCUCCAUAGUAAUGACCUAAUGAAAUUAACAUUUAUAAAACAAGAGUUCUGUCUGUGAUGUACAAAUUAUAUGGGCAAGCACAUGCAUUGUAAAUACGUUUUAAUUUGAAAAAUUCAAUGAGAGGUGCGAAACCCAUCUGGAUCAGCUUCUGCAGUCGUUACUACAAGUCCUACAGUGAGAAUGGCCCUGUAUCAGGACACUUAGUAUUCAGUACAUGUUCUAGUUCUAGUCAUUAUAGAAAUGUCUUUUUUAAAUGGUGCACAAUUCCAAGGUACCUGCAUCCCCCCCAAAAAAAGGGUGAGGAAGAAGAAAAAAAAGCACCCCGUUUAACAAUUUGUUUACAAUUUUUGUUAAAUGCCUUUUUUAGGGAGUUGAUCAUUAUGCCUAUUUACCCUCAGUUCCCUCUCUCAAAUAUUUCCUGGGUCGACCCUUGGAUCAGGACUGCAAGUAUCACGAGCGCCCACGAGUGGUCUGAAUAGGUAUUCUGUAUCCUCCCUUCCACACACCUACCUCCACGCUCCCCACCUCCACAGAACAUUUCACAACCGUCAUCGACUGACCUGGAGUUAAUAAUCAUUUCCAAAAUCGCCAUAUUAUAUGUUGACACUAGUCGUUUUCACUUGGUGUUUUAAAUAAAAUCGCCAUAUUAUAUGUUGACACUAGUCGUUUUCACUUGGUGUUUUAAAUAAAAUCGCCAUAUUAUAUGUUGACACUAGUCGUUUUCACUUGGUGUUUUAAAUAAUACAUAAAGAAGUAUUUGUUACACGUUCGUGACUACAAGUGUGUGCUAGAUAAUAUGAUGUGCAUUAAAUUUUGUUUAAUCAUUUGCAUAGUAUGUUUCUGUAUUUUAAUAAACUUAAUGUUUAUAGUC